UUCCCAAUGGAAGCACAUUUCCGCAUCGUCUGCUCAUUUCAAACCACUUGGUCAAUCUCUAUUCCUAGCUGAUUCCGAUUUAUGAUUUGUGUCCAGUCCUACAUCAGCAUGUCGUUCCUUUUGUUGCUUCUCGUCGACAAAGUGGGUACGCGGCGUGCAGUUAAAAUUGCACGUGACAAGCCAUUCGCCGUACCUACCCUUAGCCUCCUGUCAAAUCCACCACGGCCAGAGCCCCCAUCUACAUCACAGCGGUUCUUUCGGUUAGUUCUUGUCCACAAAGAGUCCACGCAGCGUGCCUAAAACCAUCCACUACUACACCUCCACUACCACCAUCCUAUACUACGACGCCGCAGCCAAUAACACUACUUGAACAUAGAUUCCUAGUCGCGCUAGGCCCCAUUUAGCAAUCUGUUAUACUU